UUGGUAGUUGGUUCGAAGUCGCUGUGCUUUAGGAGAUGUGCUUAGUUAUGUGUUGACUGUAGACGGGUUUGAAUCGGCUUUUUUUUUAAUUUGUAAUUGGAGCCAUGGAAAAGGAGCCGAAGAAGGAAAUUGCUUUCGAAGAGUCUUUCCUGCUGAGCUUUGGAAAGAUCCAGAAGCGAAGUUUUUCCUGGUACUACGCCCCUUCGUUUAUACUCCUCUGGCUGGCACUAUUCUAUGCGAUUGUGAUACCACUUUACAAUCGACUCCCGGACAGGAUAACAGUCAGUCAGGAGUUGCUCCACCCAGGAGAAUUUGUAGGAGAACGCGCUCAAAGGCAGCUCCAUGAUUUCGAUCGAAUCGGGCCCAAGGUGGUUGGCAGCGUUGCAAACGAGGUGACAACUGUGGAGUUUUUAUUGGCCGAGGUGGAGAAGAUUCGUGUUGAAAUGAACAGUGAUCUCUAUGAACUGGAGGUGGAUGUCCAGUCGCCGACAGGAAGCUAUGUAUUUAACGAAAUGGUGAACAUGUAUCAGGGAAUACACAAUGUGGUGGUAAAGCUGAGUUCAAAGGACUCCCCUAGUCAGUCCUAUUUGCUUGUCAACAGUCACUUCGAUUCAAAGCCCUCGAGUCCGGGCUCUGGCGAUGAUGGCACCAUGGUUGUGGUCAUGUUGGAGGUCCUACGCCAAAUGACUAUAUCGAGGACUCCAUUCCAACACUCGAUUGUGUUUCUGUUUAACGGAGCUGAAGAAAAUCCUCUCCAGGGUUCCCACGGCUUCAUUACGCAACACAAAUGGGCAGCAAACUGCAAGGCCUUUAUCAAUCUAGAGGUGGCCGGCAGCGGGGGACGUGAUAUUCUGUUCCAGAGCGGGCCCAAUAAUCCUUGGCUCAUGAAGUACUACAGAAAGCACGCGAAACAUCCCUUCGCCACCACAAUGGCAGAGGAGAUUUUUCAGAGUGGAAUUCUACCAUCUGACUCAGACUUUCGAAUUUUUCGGGACUUUGGAAAUAUAGCCGGAGUGGACAUUGCCCAGAUAAGCAAUGGGUAUGUUUAUCACACCGUGUUCGACACCUACGAAGCAGUGCCAGGACGAUCUGUGCAAAAUAGUGGAAACAAUGUCCUGGCAUUAGUGCGGGCUUUCUCAAAUGCAAGUGAAUUAAACGAAAAAGAGAGUGAUGGCAGCCAUGCUGUGUUCUUCGAUUUUCUGGGACUGUUCUUUGUCUACUACACGGAAACCAUGGGAAUCGUAUUAAAUUGUGUGAUGGCUGUCAUUAGUCUGGUGAUUGUUGGCUUUUCCAUUUGGAAAAUGUCUAAAAAGUUGGAGAAGCCUUCCCUAAAACGUGUAUCUAUUUGGUUUUCCAUCAUCCUCGCCCUCCAUGUGGUAGGAUUUCUUCUCUGCAUCUGCUUGCCCCUUCUAAUGGCUGUCCUGUUCGAUGCCGGAAAUCGUUCCCUGACUUAUUUUACCAGCAAUUGGUUGGUUCUCGGACUCUACGUAUGUCCGGCAGUUAUUGGCCUGGUUCUUCCCGUGACUCUUUACUUCACCCUGCGGCCCAAUGAACAACUGUGUCAUGCUUACCUCCUGCAAUUGGCCUUGCAUGCUCACUUGGUGGUUAUGGCUCUGCUGGCCAUAAUUUUGACUGCCGCGGGCCUACGUUCUCAGUACUUAUGCCUAAUAUCGAUGAUAUUCUAUGGGGGUGCUCUUUUACUUAACCUGCUUAGCACUCUCCAUGAUCGCGGAUACUAUUGGUGCCUCAUUGUAACAAUUCUUCAGGUUUUUCCUUUCUGCUACUUUUGCUAUGCUUUCUACACCUUUCUUGUGAUAUUCUUCCCAAUUAUGGGAAGGAAUGGCAUUGGUACGAAUCCCGAUUUAAUUAUAGCUCUAACCUGCGGCUGUUGCACCUUUUUUGCUUUAGGAUUCGCAGCACAAUUUAUAAAUAUUUUCCGAUGGCCGAAACUAAUAUUACUUGGUUUGGGAGUGAUGACCUUUAUCUUUUGUAUGAUUGCCGUUUCGGAAGUUGGUUUCCCCUAUCGGGCCAAGACCAAUGUGAUGAGAGUUAAUUGUUUGCAUACGAACCGCAUUUUUUACGAGUUUGACGGCUCUGUGAGUCAUAGUGAUUCUGGAUACUACUUCAAUUACCAGGAUAGAAGAGGGCUGGAACCUGUUAAGGACUCUCUGCUGAACUUAACUGGUCUAAAAGCCGUAAAACCGGACUGCGAUGAGUACGUCAUGUGCGGAAUUCCAUGCUUCUACUACAGUUGGUGCCGGUGGCGGGAAAAUGACGGAUGGCUGCCGCGCGAGUCGGAGAUAAUUCUACCCGGAGAAUUAAGCUUUGAAUUUUUGGGAAAAACUAUUUUUGAGUUCAACAGAACUGCCAGGUUCGAGUUCCAAAUGAGUGGCCCACCGCACAUGAAUGUAUUCAUUCAACCGCUGGGUUCAGCGGAGGUCUCCGACUGGUCCUUUGUGAGGGAAAUGCUGGACGACCCAGAGGAGUUUCAGCCUCCUUACCAGAUAUACUUUUCCUACGGAACAGACGAUACCCCAUUGAGAUUCCACAUUGACGUUUUGAAAUCCGAUGGAGAUUUCGAUGGACCCGUCUUGGAAAUUGCUGGAGUUGGACAUUUUGUUAAUUACGAUUUUGAACGGGAUUCUGAAGCUCGGAAAUUUAUAUCAGACUUUCCUGACUUUACCCAUGUCAUGGAAUGGCCUUCAAUAUUUAAGCGCUAUAUUUUCUAAUACCUGUAUAUAUACAUAAUACAUAAUAUAUAUAUAAUGCGCUAUAUUUUCUAAUUCCCGAAAGUGAUCCAAUAAAAAAGCUUUUAUAUUUUA